GAAUCCUACUCCUCUUAAUACUUACAACAGAGAGGAAGGAAGAGAGAGAGAGAAAGGUAGAAAGGAAGAAAGAAAUGAAGGAUGGAAGAAAAGGAUAGAGGGUAGAAAAGAAGGAAGGAAGUAUAAGACUCUUCACUUAAAUCUGUUUUUAAGAUUCAGAAAAAUGGGCAUUGAACUCCUUGGGCUGUCAUUGGAGUCCUCUAUGGAGUCCCUGGACUUAAACGACCCAAAAAGAAUCAGAAACCACGUAACUGAUGUCAGCAUGGACUCCAACGGAGGUAGUCAGGAUGGAAGUAAGUUAUAUAAGAACUCAAACGAAGGAAGUGAGGAUGGAAGUGAGUCAUACAAGGACUCCAACGAAGGAAGUGAGGAUGGAAGUGAGUCAUUCAAGGACUCCAACGAAGGAAGUGAGGAUGUUAGUGAGUCAAACAAGGACUCCAAUGAAGAAAGCCAGGAUGGAAGUGGGUUCUCCAAGGACUCCAAUCAAGAAAGCGAUGAAGGGAGUAAGGGUUGUAUGAGCUCCAAUGAAAGAUGUAAAACCCAAAUUGGGUUUAGCUUUGACAGUGAUGAUGAAGAGAGUAGUUCUGCUUGUGAGUAUAUCUCCUCCUGGUUGGCUAGGAUGGAGAAGAGACUAGAUUUUAUCUAUGAUUACGAGGAACCUGAGUACGGAGAACUAGAGCAGGAAUACCUGUCCGGGACCGAUGGUAAGAUCUGUGACCCCUACGUGCUUCUCCGAGAGACGGACGAAAGGAUUGAAGAGAUGAGAAGCUUGAGAACGUAUAAACCAAUUAACCUUCUCCGGGGUAGAUGCUUUAUAAAGCUUAAGGACGGAACAGAGUUACAAGGAACCUGGAGACAAGGACGGAGAGAAGGCCCAGGUGUGGCAACUACUCCGGAUCUGGAGAAACUAGGAGUUCUAGCAGUUUCUGGAAACUACCGGGACGGAGUUCUCCAGGGUCUAGGAAGAGUACAUAUGUUGGAUGAAUCUAUCUGGGACGGAUGGUUUCUCAACGGUAAACUCCACGGACCUGUUCGAGGAUACUGUAAGGUUGCUGGUAUGAUCUGGCUAGGAUACUAUGGAGGUGGUUCUCCUACUGGACCCUGCUGGAGAAGGGUUGAAGGAGGAAGUUGGUUGAUAGGAACUGAUGGAGAAGGAGGAGGAGAUUCAACCUACUUGUAUCCUGAUCUAGCCACAGCUCUAGUUGGUAGGUGGAGGAACGGACAGAUGAUCUCCGCUUAUCCUGCUAGAUUAAAGUCCUGGGAGGAAAUCAACGGAGUAUGUGUUCCAAACUUUCAGAUAAUUUCUAAAAUUGAGUACAGGAGAUGGAUUAGUUCAAGUUCUGAUAUUACUUGUCCUCCUCAUCAGCCAGAUAUUUAUGAACAACAGUUUGUUCGUGUGAUAAAAUCUAGAGUAGAAGGAGGCGGAGAAGGGUUGGUUGCUGUCAAGGAUAUUCAACCUGGAACACUUAUCUCCUUCUAUAACGGAGUUAGGUUCAAGGUUGGAGAGACUAUAGGAAUAACUGGUUAUGGAAUCUAUAAUGACUGGGAGACAAAGGAAUCUAGAAGUAAAUCGGAAAUAUUAGAUAUUCUUCCCAAGUAUCAAAGUUCAGCUAAUUACAGUUCUACGCUAGCACACAAGAUAAACCAUAGUUUUAAACCAAACUGUGAUUGGGUUCAUUCAGUACAUCCUUGCUAUGGUAGAAUACCUGCAGUACAAACCAUUCAGUUUGUGAGACAAGGAGAGGAGCUGUUUAUACACUACGGUAUGGAUAUGGAAGAAGCUCCAGAGUGGUAUCUUAACUCAUGGGAACUGUUCAGUCAAUAGCUACUUUUCUUGUAAAGCUGCUAUUACAGGGUUACCCACAAAGGAUGAGAAUGUAAAGACGAUCUUAACGUUAAAAGAAGACUUCUGUCUUGAAUAGUCGUUUACUGGGAAAAAAUGUGUUGAAAAUAAAGAAAACAAUUUUACAGUUUCUUUGUAGGCAACCCAGUACUUUAAAUUGUUUGUAAAUGCUCUCAUAACUGCUACUUAGAAACUAUUAGCGAUGCCUAACUAGGUGGUCUCAAUUCAGAGGCUGCGAUUUAACAGUUUAAUCUCAAGUUCAAAUUCAGACCCGACUUGCUGGUUUUAAAUUAGACUUGUAAGCGUAAUUUCAUGUGAUACUCUUUACAAAGAUGGCCAUGCCCGAUUCACAACUGUGCCCUUGAAACCUUUAUCUGAUCUAAAUAAAGGAAGAUAUUUUUGUUUUCAAGGUUUUAAAAUCUUUUAUUCCGAUAAUUCAUUUAUGUUUUCCUGCUUACAGUCACUUUCUAGAGAGAACCCCACAAUUGAAAAUAAUAAGUUUUCAUAACUAUAAUGUUUGAUAUAUAAUUGAUAUCUUGAUAACAGAAAUCUUUUAAGGGUACCGUUGUAAAUCGGGCAUUGCAAUCUUUGCAGGAAGGGUUGCUUGAAAUUACACUUACAGUCCCUUUACUGUAACAUCUCUCAAGAAUUAAUGGCUGCUUAGUUUUGAGACUAAUAUAUCUAUACAGUUAACAUGUAUAUAUACUUUAAACACGAGAAAGGAGUUAGAUCAAAAUAUUUUCCUUUCUUUCUUUAUGUUCUGCUCAGUAAUCAUUUACCGCUUUUUUCAUUAAUUAGCCUAAUUACUUUAUCUUCACGACUUUCGGGGCUUAUUUCCUCCUGUUAUUC